AAAACAGGAAGCGGUGUGACAGUAGGUUUAUGACAACUUAAACAAAAACUGUCAAUACAUCGAACAGUUUACCACAGUAAACAAUGGCACUGACCGUGAUUUCGGCAAAAUAUCCACCUCACAUUGAUCCGUCAAAAACGCCACUGGCCUAUGGGGACAGAGCGUUACCUCGAUUGAAUAGAGAAUUGAAGGAUGCAAACCUUUUGACCAGACAGCGUGCAGUGAUGUCAUUAUGUGACCAUCUUCAUGACCCAGAGCACAUUGCUGAAGCACUGAAUGUUGGAAUUGCAGAAAGUUUGAAAAAUCUUCUUACAGACACUGACACAACAGUUCGACAAAAGUCAACAGAAUGCCUCUUUGUUAUCGGGUGUCAUGCAAUAGGUCGUGACGCAUUCCUUGAACACAACAUCAUUCCACCGGUGGCGAAAUUAUUCGAUGACAAAAUUGAUAUUGCAAGAAAAAAUGCUCACAAGGCUAUUGAAAUGAUUUCUGAGACGCCACCAGGUGCAGAGGGAAUUGUGCAGGCAGACUUGAUUGGCACACUGGUAAACAAGCUGAAGACUGAAGUAGAGGAAAUCAAGUUACUGAUCCUGGACACCCUGCACUUUUGUAUGCGAGUGGACACAGGGAAAGCCCUGAAGGCGGACGCCAUGACAGUGUUCACAUCUCUCCUUAAACACAAUGACCCAGCUAUCCGAGCCAAGGCUGCUAGAGAUAUUAUGGAUCUUAGUGCCCCAUUGGAGGGUAAGAACAAGGCAGUGGAGGUGGGUUGUGUUGCAGAGCUGGUCAAACUUCUCGCUGACUCCUCUCCAGACGUGAAGGCCAAUGCUGCUGGUGCUCUCAUGAUAAUCACAAUAACAACAAAGGGAAAGUACACAGCACUGGAGUCCACUGCCAUUCCUCCCCUUGUUACUUUAGUGGAUGACCCAACCAGUGAAGUACGGGCAAACUCUCUUAAGGCCCUCACUUGUUUAUCUGAGGCACCAGAAGGCAGGAAAACUCUGCUGGAACACGUUGAUAAGAUCAAGGUACACCUCAACGAUGAGAUACCAGCCGUUGCACGUGCUGCACAGAUCGCGGUGAGAGUCAUUGAGUGGAAGCCGUAAAUUGCUGCCAACUUAUACUGCCUGCAAUAACUCUUAAAAAACAGGAAGACAAAUAUGCUUUUCAUUUUAUAGUCAAUAAUAUUUGUUAUGAAAUAUUUAGGAAAAACGUUUCAACUGACUUUUAUGAGCAAGUGUCAAGUGUCUGUGAUAUCACAUUAUAUUGAAUUUUUGUACAUAAACUGUAAAUUUGU